UUUCUUUUUUUUCUUAUUUAAACCUUCACCUGCAUGCAUCCAAGUACUACAAAUCUGCUACGAUUUAAAAAUCAUCAUCCUUCUUAUUAACGUUCUGUGGAACGUACAUUUUUGAGAUUCGACUAAAACUGGAUGAUGGAAGAAAGUAAUAUUGAGGUCAAUAAAGAGACAUUAUUCAAUAACUUCACUCUCGGUUGCUAUGAGUCUUUAUCAAAUAAAUUAAACUUUGCCCCUAAAAGCAAUCCAUGCUUUGAAAACUAUACAGACAAUAGUGAGGUUGUGGAUCCGGACGCAUCGCUAGACGCUCUUCGUUCCAAUUGUACAUGGGAAUCCUUAAAUAUCCCCCCAGAGUUUUUAAAAGGUUUGCAUGCGAAGGGAUAUGUCAAACCGUCUAAGAUUCAGGCUUUAGCUUUACCUAUUAUUUUAAAUACAACAAAAAAUUUGAUUGCUCAAGCUCAAAAUGGAAGUGGAAAAACUGCGACAUUCGCACUCGCCAUGUUGGUAAAAACGAAUCCAGGGAAUAAGAAUCCUCAAAGUUUAUGUAUAUGUCAUACACGAGAGCUCGCUAGUCAAAAUAUGAACGUUAUUAAAGAAUUGGGUGAAUAUAGUGAUAUCACAACAUGGCUCGUUGUACCUCAAUGUGAUCGAUAUGAUCGAGAUAUAGGUGCUCAAAUAAUUGUAGGUACUCCAGGAAAACUGAGAGAAAUGCUUAUGAAAAAACUACUGCCAACGAAGGUAGAUGCAUCAAUGAAAGUUUUAGAAAACCAUAAGUUUUUUCUUGACACUUUUCUUUAUGCUAAGGAUGUGACUUUGUUUAUUUUGGAUGAAGCCGAUGUUUUGAUGGAUCACUCCUCUAAUAUGGCAUCUCAAAUAAAUGAGAUUCGUAAAGCAUUUCAACAAAAAACACAAGUUCUCCUUUUCUCAGCUACAUAUCCAGAACGUGUUAAACAAUUUGUUACGGUUCAUGUGCCGUCCGCCUGUCGCAUUGAGGUGAAAAAAGAAGAAUUAACCUUGUCCAGUGUUUCGCAAUUUUAUAUUUUAUGUGGCAAUGAUGAUGCCAAAUUUUCAGUCUUAUGUGACUUGUAUAGCUCUAUGAGUGUUGCGCAAAGUAUUAUUUUUGUGAAUACCCGGAAAUUUGCUUUCCAUUUAGCUGAUCAAAUGACUCGAUUGGGCCAUGCGGUAUCCGUUAUAUGUGGUAAUCGACCAACAGAUCCCGAUCAUAUGAAUAACGCUACAAGGGAAAAGGUCAUGUUAGAAUUUCGGAAGGGAGAAACCAAAGUAUUAAUUUCAACAGAUAUUUUGUCCAGAGGCAUUGACGUUCCUCAAGUAACGCUUGUAAUCAAUUAUGACAUACCCCUAGAUGCGUCGACUCGUUUUACCCAAGUUGAUCAAGAAACGUAUAUUCAUCGCGUUGGAAGAACAGGUCGUUUUGGUCUUCAAGGAAUCGCCAUAUCCUUAGUCAAAACAACGGAGGUUCCUUUUAUUCAUGAAAUCGAGAAAUUCUAUUCGUGUCAAAUUCAUCCUUUGAGCGAUGAUCCCGAAAAAAUAGAAGAAAUGGUAUCAAAACUGCGACAAUAGAUUUUUUCUUUUUUUUUUUUCAUGUCUUUGUAUGCGAUAUUUUUUGUAUUUGACACUGACGUACAAUAAAAGAUUUUAAAUAUUUUCAUUUUCUUUUAACCGGAAAAACUCCCGUAUAUCAUUUGUAUCGUUCUUUUCA